UCGUCAAUAGCAGAUUGUGUACAAUUUGGGUUACCCCUUGGUUGUUUAACGUUAACGAACACCUGUUAAAAAUAACGCGUGAAGUGAUAUGUCAAAAAUAAAAAAGUUUUAUUAUUACAAAUCGACUCACAUUUGCUUUUUUUUUUAAAUUAUGUUUAAUUAUGCUAUGUAAACAAAUAAAAAGAAAACUAUAUAUUAUUGAAUAAAGACUUAAUUUGGUGCUGAUCUGUAUUGUCAGAGCAAAAAUUGAAAAAUGAGUGUCCUUAAUCAGAAAACAGUUUUCGUUCUUGAUCACACACAAUAUUUUGGGAUUUCUUCUGAAAAGCCAAUAGACCUUGAUUUUUUCAAAAAUAAAGGUUCAUUAUGUCCCUUGAGCAAGAGUUUAUGGACAUUUUCAGUAGAGUCAUCUUUGGAAUAUUGUCGUAUUGUAUGGGACUUAUUCCCAGCUGGAAAACUGGUAAGAUUAAUAGUAAGUGAUUCGGCUGCACAUGUUGUAAAUACCUGGAAUAGUUCUACUCAAAAUAUAAGCUACGUCACCAAUGCAAUGUCCAUGGUAGGGGUCCCCCAAAGUUCCGCUCAUUCAAGUGAUCAUUCGGUUAUUCACGGACUAAGAGCCGCUAUAGACGCAUUAGCAGAACCAUCUGAAUCCCAAAAAGAGUUUGAUCAAAAAUUGCAAAAUAAAGGUCGCGUAAUAUGUAUAACUUCGGCAAGAGAUGAUAAAAGCAUGGUAAGCUUGGAGGAUAUAUUUCACACUGUAUUGGCUCAACAUAAUCUCUUAGCAACUAAACAGAAUGAUUGCCUCCCAAUUAAUCUAUGUCAUUUAGUCAUUAUUAAUAUAACGCCCAUGCAUAUGGGACUAUUGGUUUCAACAAGAGGUCCGCAAGAAAUUUCUCCCCAUUUAACUAGUGAAAUACACUCAGUUUAUGCAUCUGAGGUGUCAAGUAAACUGACACAUUUAAUACUUUCACAUUUUGAUCUCGCAAGUACAACAGUAACUGGAAUCCCAAUGAAGGAAGAGCAAAAUGCAAAUUCUAGCGCCAACUAUGAUGUUGAGAUAUUUCAUUCAAAAAAUUCUCAUACAGUUAUUUUUGGUUCUGAAUUUUUACCAACAAGUGUUAAAGAAGGUUCCGAAUAUGAAACAGUAACCUUAAAAUGGAGCACCCCUAGAGGAUGUGGAACAAAUGAUUUUCAACUCUGUCUAGCUCAAGAUAGAGUAACUCCUGUAGAUGUCACAUCGAGGCCAAGCUCUUGCCUUAUAAAUUUUUUACUUAACGGACGAUCGGUUCUACUUGAAAUGCCAAGAAAAUCCGGCGGAAAGCAAACCAGCCACUUACUUUCCGCCAGAGGUGGGGAAAUAUUCAUCCAUUCCCUUCCACUUACACGGUCCUGUUUUGAAGACUUCCCAUCGAUAUCUGAAGGAAGCGGAGGAAAAGUUAUAGACUAUCGAAUAGCUGAUCUUAGUAAUUUAAUCAAAAGCAACACUCUAUUGCCUCUUAAGUCUUCCACGGAACGUCGAUAUGAUGAAAAUUUACAAAAAGCUCGUAUAAAACUGUGCAAAAGAUCGACAUACUUUCCUCUUACUCUAGGACUAACAAUAGUCUACAACAUGCAAUCUUACCUAGAAUCAUUGUUAACCGCUAUUGGGAAAGAAGAGCUAAAUGAUAGUGACAUUAACCAGUGCCAACAAAUAAUCUUUUCAAUAUUAGGUUUGACGAAUAGGCAAGAGCCUUUGCCCAUAAGUUUAUGUCAAAGAUUUCGAAGUUCAAAGAAAGAAGAACAAUUUAAAUUAUUAUGGAAUGAGCUUGAACUCUUAAUACAAAGCAGUGGUAAUUCAACUGGACAUAAAGCUGUUUUACUCUCAUUGCGAGAAUGCAAAAUGAAAUGCUCCGAAUUUUCAAAUAAUAAACCUGAAGUAAAUCAAUCUAUUAAUGAAAUAGAAAAUCUAAGAGAAAACAUUAACAACAAUAUAGUGAUUAAAGCAACUACGGACUCACCUUUAUCUCCAAUUUUAUUCGCAGAAAGCGCAUCAAAAUCAAAGCGAUUUCUUCCUUAUUGUGGAAAUAGAUCUCUUUUGGGAAUAAUUUCUAGUUCUCAAAAAAAAGUAUUGCAAAAAAGAAUAGAAUUUUCAGGUAGAAUUUGUACGCCAACAGGUCAAACUGCAAAACUAUAUCCAAAUGUUGGAAAAAAUGAGAGGCACCCAAAUAAAUUGUGAACAUUGAUUUUAUUUCAUUCGAUAACAAUUGAGUACUCAAAAUAAUUGUUCUAAUCUCAUAGGCUUAUAAAGUUAAUUAUGCAUAAAAAUUAAGUUUAUAAACUCUGAACUCAUUUUUCAAGGUCGAACAGUUUAAUCUUUACUUUGGUACUCAUUAUUUUGCAUUUCUUAAAAAAUUAUAGAAGAGAUAAUGUGGAUUAUGGAGGAAACUGGAAGCGAUACUGAUGCAAUAAUGCGAAAAAAUUAUAAAUAUAUUUUAAAAGCAAAUAAAUAGAUUUUUUAAAAAUUGUUAA